AUGGACUCCAACUCCGACAUCGAGCCCGAUCAGCUGGACGACGGCGGCGCCGACGCGUCGGCAGCUGAGGAGGAUCCGAAGAUCGCCGCCUCCGAGGCCAAGGCUGAGGGCGAUGGUAGUGGUCAGAAUAAGCGCCUCAAGAUCGUGGACGAUCACGGCAAGGCGAAGAAGGGAUUUAAGGGCGGGAAGAAAUGGUGCCCACCAUGUGGUAAGUACGAGUCGGUCGAGGUGUUCCCACCUGGGUCUGGCCAGUGCGGGCCAGGUCGCCAGAUCAUGCAGAACCUGAAGAACGCAGCCAAAUCACAAGGCAAAGAAAAAUGGUGGGAGGAGGCAUGCGCUGACCCGAAGAAGUUGGUCAGGGUCUGCAACAACUACAAAGCCAGAUGCCCGCCCCCGCCGCCGGGAAAGAAGAGGGAGGGUUUCAGCAUCGCAACAUACCUCGAGGAGAUCAGGCAGGAACAGUCCGUGAUCUAUGAUGGCAUUAGCGAGAUGAUGAGUUUGCCUCACUUUGUGAGCUGGAUGGGGAAGCCCAAGAACGGAUCUAUGGACCCCCAGGAGGCGGCCGCCAAGUGGCAGAAGUUGUACAACACUCCAGGUGCGAUCACAGACAAGCUAGGACACGUGGAGAAGCACCCGGAGAGAGUAGCGGUGAAGAAAUCGGAUAUCAUCACGAACCGUGACGCUUACAUCAACGCGCAGACCCUUCAGCUUAAAGGAGACAGAUACGCCACCGCCGCGCAGCCGCGCGGCAGCGGAUCGCAGGAAGAUAUCGACAAGAUGGCUUUUUCGUUGAGGGAGGGCCCCAAGGCUACAGUUACUGCGAAUGAAGGGCGGGCUGCCCUGGCUAAGAGGCUCGUGAAUGCCAAGAGCGCUGCUAUUAUCGGAGGCGGUGAUGGGGCGUUCUCUGAGUCGGGCAGGGCCGCCGUAGAGAUCGGCGACGUCGGCGAGCUCGACAGCGACUCCGAGGAGGCGGCUGAGCAGGGGGAUGAGGAGGAGGAGGAGGGCGCCGAGGGGGCUGGCGGCAAGCGGAAGAAGGGCGAGGCGGGAGCGGGUGGCGGCACUCCGAAGAAGCAGAAGGGCUCUGCACCGAAGCCUUGGUUCGACAGGGACGCGCAAGUUUCGGCGGCCUUGCGAUCCCAUGAAAACUGGCAGAAGGGGGCGAAGGCGGAUCUGGAGAAGGGCAUCGAGUCGGCGCGGGACGUGCUCGAGUCCGUCAGCGCUGACGUUGAGGACAACGUGAAGAACGAGAAGAAGUUGUGCAAGAACCGCCUCUACGCGUUGAGGCUCGUCCUCGGAGACGGCGCUUCAACUCCCGAGGAUUGGGAUCUCUUCGACUCGAAGCCCCCAGCCAUGAAGCGUGAAGGAGAGGAGGCUGAGGCUGAGGCGGCCCCGGCGGAGGUGCCCGCCGCUGAGCCAGGGUCCGCUGGCCCUGAGGCUGCCCCCCCCGCCAGUGAGGCAGGGCCCGCUGCGGCUGUCGCCAAGACUGGGACUGGGAUUACAAAGCAACGGUGGAGAAGAAAAGAUCCUGCCGCCGCCGCCGGCGCCGGCGAGGAGGCUCACGCUGCUCCUGCGGGCGCGAAGCUUUUCGAGGACCUUGGCAAGGCUCCCCCUGGCGACCCUUUCAAGGCUGGCGAUCACGAUCAGGCUCGCGGUGGCGACGAGGCGUCUACUGUGGCCCAGUUCUACAUGCAGACAGGUGGCGAUGCCUCCCGGGCGCUCAAGAGGUACAUUGCGUCAUUCUCAUCGAGCAGUGCCAAGCCCGAACUUGGCAGCGCACCUCCGUGCCGGUCAUAUCGUUCGCUCAUUGUCGUCAGCGAGUUCGACCAGUACACGGCCAAAAUUGAACAAGCUGAGUCGAAGGAAGCCUUGGUUGCGAUUUCCACGUCUAUGAAACCUUUCAAGGCAGCGUACGUCGAUCUGCUCGCGAUGGCGAAGGCGGCAGUGACGCGGCUCAAGAACGCCAUCGACGACGCCAAGAAGGACACCCAGAAGGACAAAGCCAGCGACGCCCAGGUUGCAGCAGCAGGAGGCAGGAAGCGUGGGCGCCCUAAAAAGCAGGCCAAGCCUGAGGCAACCUUGAUGGUAGACAAUUGGGCACAGGCGUGUGAUAGCAUGAAGUCCGUCGCAGCUGGUGAUCAGAUCACCCCCGAGGACAUGAAGCUCCCGCUAAUCGUCAGGAUCGGAGUCGGCCCCGAGAUCCAGAAGUUCGUCCCGGAGGAUGACUUGAGCAAGUUCGAGUUGAAGUUCAAGACAGAUCCCAGUCGGGAUGAGCCAGGCCGCUGCCAGAAGAAGAUCAAGCCUGAGGGAGUGGAGGCAUUCAGUUCUAAGAUUGGGGCCAUCUUUCCUGGCCUGCUGGCAGACAGUAAGACGACUGAGGCGGUCAAGGCGCACUUGACGACCACGCUCUUCGCGGUGGCCAAGGGCCGGACUACGUGCUCAGCGGAGGCUGGGCAUCUUGCGGUGGUUCGUUUUGGCAUCAAGGCCUUGGGUAUGUGCAUAUCUGGGGCCCCUGGAGCCCUCGAGGGCACGCGGGAGAUCAUUUGCGCACCGACUGCAGCAAUCAUGGAGUACAGUGGCAUCGAAUCGAAAGGGCCCGCCACGCUGAAGGAGGCGUAUCACUGGCUAAAGAAUGCCACAGUGGAAGCGACCAAGAACUACAAGACCCAAAAAGCCAGCAACAAGCUCUUCGGAGCAACGGUGGGGCCGGGAGACAUCGCGUACUUGCCAGCAGGGUGGACCUACUUCGAGAAGAUCAUGGGGGCCGACUUCAUCGGCGUCCGGCGCGCGCUGCUCGCGCCCGCCGACAUCAGCGCGUUGGACGGCCUCAACAAGUUGUUGAUCACGAAGUCCGCGGCCAACGCGACCUUGCAGGGGGCCCUCGAUUGCUUGGUGAUGCUGGCGCGAUUCAGCCCCGUGGCCGCUCUGUCGACGGG